AUGGCUCGAUUGGCCAUAGACGACCACAACCCUGACAUCGUCACCAUCAUAUGUUGCAACGACGGUUUCCAGCUUGCCCUCGACCACAACACCAUCAAGAUCUUGCUCAGAGUAUGCAAACGAGCCCGACCCCUCCUGAGCUCCAAGAUGCCUCGCUUCCACCGCUGGUGUCAGAGCAUGGAGCUACUCAAUCUGGAAGGACACCUGCGAAUCGGUCUCACACCGAGCGACCAGAUCGCCCUCUCGCUACACUUCGAGGAUCAGGCUGCAGCCGACCGAUCCUGGCUCGUUGCUCAAGCAGAGCAGGGCAAUGCUGUGGUCUCCUACUUCCUGGCAAGGACCCUCCAAGUUGAAUUCGCUGGCCGGCAGUUUGUGAGGGCGUCCGAACGGGAGGCCACUCAUAGUCAAAUCUUCCACCAUCUGAAGCGGGCAGCCAAGGCAAGCCAUUCCAUGGCCCAGUUCCAUCUUGCAGAAUGCUAUCGCAACCGACUCGGGGUCGACCAAGAUCACAACAAAGCCGCCGAGUUGUAUCGCAGUCUUGCCGAUUGUGGGAUCCCUCAGGCCCAAAUUGCCCUCGGUCGAUGCUACGAGAAUGGUGAAGGUGUCGAUCAAGACUUUGACGUAGCCAUCGAGUGGUAUUCCAAGGCCAUAGACCAAGGCGGACAAGACGGUCGACUUCACAUCGUAUUCCUCCGAGGAUGGCUCUCGUUCAUUGGCCACAGCGUCGAACAGAGCGACGUUAAUGCGCUCAACCACUGGCAGGAAGUCAGCACCCAGUCCACCGAUCCGAUCAUCAAACCCAUCGCAACUCACAUGGUCGGAUGGAUGCACUACCUUGGCCGAGGAACCUUCUUCCAGUUUUGCCAGAUGGGAUCAGACCAAGACUGGCUGUGUAGUCAUCUGAUGGCUGUGUGUUUGUUGCUUAGAGAUGGAACCAAGGAGGAGCAGAAGAAAUCAGCGGGUACCUUGGAACAGCUCGCCAACGACGGCCACAGCGACAGCCAGUUCUGGAUCGGAAUGUGUUACCACUUUGGCUGGGGAGCAUCGGAGGAUUACGAGAAGUCAUUCGAGUGGUUCAGCAAGUCCGCCGACAAAGGCAACUCGUACGGGCAGUGGAGUGUUGGAGUGUGCCACUACUGGGGAUACGGAGUAACCCAGAACCACGCCAAGGCAUUCGAGUGGCUCCACAAGUCGGCGGAACAGGGCAAUCGACAAGGACAGUACCGACUCGGUGAAUGCUACAGAGAUUAUGAAUAUAUGCCUGAGGACAUCGACGCUGCCGUCCUCUGGCUCCGCAAGGCCGCCGACCAGGACUUCCAGCCUGCCAUCGACAGCCUCAAGGAACUCGGCAAGUGGCAUUGAUCUCUGUGUUCGAUUCUCAAGUGCCACUUCCAAAUAACCAUGACUCAACACUGAACAUGCAAACAGCCAGAAAAAAUUGCACUUUCAGCGUCUCAACGAGACACCACGAUACGAAGAAGUGAACUUGCAGAGUGGAUCCGAUGAAGCAGUGAUGUUGUAUUUGACAUUGAAUACAUCCGAUAUACAAAUAG